GGGGACAUAAGUGUGGCUCUGCAAGGGGCUGCCCAAACCUCUCUGCUCUUACAGGAACAAGUCUUACUGCCACUGUUUUGCCAUGCUCUCUCGGUGACACUGUUUGGGCAACACAGACAACUUUUUUCCCCACUCAACAGCUUACCUGCUGUGUGGUUUGACUGAAUAUCUUGGAUAAAGAAAAAUGGCUAUCCGAUACAUCAAGCAGAAGUACCUGUGGAUUUAUGUUUUGAAUUAUGAGAAACUGUAGAAUAAAAUAAUAAUGGAGAUUUCACCUUUGAAUUUGGAGGGACACAAGUCUUGGACGGCUUCAGCAUUACAAAAGUUAACCUUCUCAACCUCAGAAAGCUCUGCUCUCUCAGCUAACGGCUCUGCAAACCACAGAGAUGAUUGUCCCCCUGAAGCCCAAAGCCUGCUGUUGGAGCCGGAUGAGGGCAUACACAAGCUAAAGAAUAAUUUUGCUUGUGUCAGUGAUGACAGCAUUGAAUAUGCAGGAGUUUUGUGCUUGCCAGAACAGUCAGUGAUUCCUGGUAAAGCACCCUUGGACCCAGGUCUACUGGCUUCAGCUCAGCUUCAUGAAGCAGGUUUUGUGUCCACAUUGCCUAGGUCAAAGGACAACUGCUGUUCACUCCAUGUUUCCAUUGCAGAAGGACAGUCAGACCAGGUGGUUCAGAAUCAUGCUGGUCAGACAGUAGACUUGAACUCUGAAUGUGUAAAAACAGACUGUAAGAGCACAGAGCUGAUGUCAAAUGGCCAUGUCUUCAUGCCUCCAGAGCAUCCGUGUCCCAUCCUCAGCCUGGACUCCUCUCCCCCUCUCACUGUCCCUGCAACUGUUCCAGAUCCCGCCUGGAGAGUCCGGGAACUCCCUCGCAUCGUGAAGCACAAGUCGAGCUCCAUCACCUUCUCACAUUACACCUGUCCCUCCGGAGCUGACAGCCAUGAUUUCAUCAAUGAGAGUUCUGACGAUGGAGAGUCUUCACCGGAAGAAGAGGAGGACGAUAAUCACGGAGAUGGUGAUGAUGAUGAUGGUGACGAUGAUGACGUGUUCCCAGAGCUGCCUCAGAGUCGAGAGUACCUUGUCAGUCACAGACAACAGAGGAGCAAAGGCAAAGACAAACAGAAGAGGAGAGGCGCUGUGAGUGCCCGAGCAGAAAUCAAUCACUCCGCCAGAAGCUGUGGCUAUGAAGCAGAGGGGGAGACCAGCAGUAAGGAGGAGUCUCCGCAGGUCAAGUCUCCCUGGUCGGAGUCAAUGAGCCAGCUGAUGAGGAAACUGGACCAGCUUAAUCUAGACAUCGAGGAGGCUCUGAGUGCAAACUCCUCCCCCUCCGACACACCCUGCAUCGCCCGCAAGAAACAGUGGGGUGCUGUUUCAAAGUCCACGUUAAACCGAGCCCUGAACGACCAAGUUCUCCAAAGACCAGACAGAGAGGGAUGUCCGAGCCUGGACAGGUCUUCUGCUCCUCGCAGCGCCUCAAUGGGAACCAGAGCAACAACCAAGAAGACGAUGUUCAAUAAGAUGACCAACGCAGCAGGCGCAGAAAUCGAGGCGAAAGAGGCGUGUGACUGGCUGCGGGCAGCAGGAUUUCCCCAGUAUGCUCAGCUCUUUGAAGAUUCCCAGUUCCCCAUUGACAUUUCUCCUGUGAAAAGAGAUCAUGACUUCCUGGACAAAGAUCUUGUGGAGCCUCUCUGCAGGCGACUGAACACCUUGAACAAGUGUGCCUCUAUGAAACUUGACGUGAACCUUCCGAAGAAGAAAAGUGAAGACUCUGAUGAAGAAGACCUGUUUGCUAUCAGCGACAAAUGGACCUUUGAGUGGAGCAGCCGGCGUUGGUCCAGGUUACAAGACAUUGACUGUCUGUUGGGAAACCAUAGAGAGGAUCAGCCCUCCAGAGACGGUGUGCCUCUGAGAACUACCACCAGUAGUGAGAGUGUUCUGACGGACCUCAGUGAGCCGGAGAUCUCUUCUUUGCACAGUGAGAGCAGUGGGGGCAGCGGCCAUAGGGGCCUCAGCACCGAGGACUCGGACUGCUCCAACCGCACCGGCUCUGAUUCUGCAGCAAUGCCAGACUCUACUUCACUCACAAUGCCUCACAUCCCCAAAGAAAUUGCUCACUACGGCUCACUACCUAAUAAGCAUGGCAAGACAAGUCGUAUCCGUGCCAAAGACUUCCUGAAGCGCAUGGAGACACUGCGCUCCAGAGGAACUCUGGGAAGGGGUCGUAAGAUGCUGGUCAUCAGCUCUCCAGUGCUACAGCAGGAGGCCCAGGCUCUGAAGACGCUACAGUGUGUCGAGAUCAUAAAUGGAGAUGGUGGGGCUUCAGAAAUACCGUCCAACAAAGUUUUGCCGUCCCAGUCCGGUAGUGAGGGGAGCAGCCACUCUAGUGGCAGCGCUGUCAGCACACCCAGUAUGAAAGAGCGUAAGCCUCAUCGGGCUGACCACAAGCGCAGUGGCAUGUAUUUGGAGGACAUUGACAUAUUUUCAAACACCCAAGUGAACAAAGUCGCAGAACAAAACCGAAGGAAUGAAUUCUGUUCCUAUGAAGACCUGGUGGUCCACAUUCCCAAAGACCACAAGCCAGGAACAUUCCCCAAAGCACUGUCCAUAGAGAGCCUGUCCCCAACCAACGGGGCUUCCAUCAACUGGCACACAGGAAGCAUGCACCUGGACUCCCCACUCAUUUCAUGCAGGAAGGAAUCCAGGCCUGUCACCCAGUGCUGCACUAGAGGAAGCCGCAUCAGCGUGUAUGAUAAUGUUCCUGGCUCUCACCUGUACGCCAGCACUGGAGACCUAAUAGACCUGGAGAAAGAGGACCUGUUCCCUCACCUGGAUGAUAUCUUGCUGCAUGUCAAUGGUCUACAACAGAUAGUGGACCACUGGUCUCAAAAUGUGUUGCCUGUCGGAGAAGGGCUGGCACAGGUGGACGGUGAGAGGGAACAUACUGUUGGUCUUCAGUCCUCUAGUCAAAUCACAUUGGACUUUGAGGGAAAUUCUCUCACAGAAAGCCAGACCACACCUAGUUACGGGGACAGAGACGGAGUAUCGCUUGCUGAGACAGAAUCUACAAUCCUAAGGGAAAGGAGGGACUCAGGAGUAGGUGCUUCACUCACAAGACCUAAUCGGUUACGAUGGCCCAGCUUUCAGAUAUCUAAUCGCCUCAGUCACUCAGUGGCAUCCCUGCAAAUCACCAACCAGUCAGCAGGCCAGCUGAGUUUGUUGCAGAAGUUUUCUCUGCUGCGUCUUACUGCAAUAAUGGAGAAGUACUCCAUGUCCAACAAGCAUGGCUGGACCUGGUCCGUGCCAAAGUUCAUGAAGAGAAUGAAGGUACCAGACUAUAAGGAUAAGAAUGUGUUUGGAGUUCCUCUCAUAGUGCAUGUGCAGCGCUCUGGACAGCCAUUGCCCCUCGGCCUGCAGCAGGCCUUGCGGUACCUGAGGAGCCAGUGUCUUGACCAGGUGGGUCUCUUUCGUAAAUCGGGGGUGAAGUCUCGAAUUCAAGCUCUUAGGCAGAUGAAUGAGAACUCUCCAGACAAUGUGAACUACGAGGAUCAGUCUGCCUAUGAUGUGGCUGACAUGGUGAAGCAGUUCUUUAGGGAUCUACCUGAGCCUCUGCUAACCAGCAAGCUGGGGGAGACCUUCCUCCAUAUCUACCAAUAUGUGCCAAAGGACCAAAGGCUGCAAGCUGUCCAGGCAGCCAUCAUGUUGAUGUCAGAUGAAAACCGAGAGGUGCUGCAGACACUGCUCUGUUUCCUCAGCGAUGUCACUUCCUCUGUGGAGGAGAACCAGAUGACACCCAUGAACAUUGCUGUGUGCCUGGCCCCCUCCCUCUUUCAUCUCAACAUACUCAAGAAAGACAAUCUCUCACCAAGGGCAAUGCAGAAGAAGUAUGCGACUGGUAGACCAGACCAGAAGGAUCUGAAUGAAAACUUAGCAGCAACACAAGGCCUUGCCCAUAUGAUCAUAGAGUGCAACCAUCUCUUUGAGAUCCCUCAUGAGAUGGUUACUCAGUCGCGUAAUUCAUACGUGGAGGCUGACUUGCAUGCACCCACAAUUGAUGAGCUGUGCAAGCAGCUGGAGGAUGGUGGUGGAACAUACCUAACUCAUAUGGAGGGGAGACUUCAGAACCAGCUCAAAGAGGCUCGGGAAAAGUCCAAAUACUGGGUGUCCUGCAGCAGCUCCGAUAACACAGAGCUCUACUAUAAGAAGGUGGGAGAUGGGAACCCUUUGAGGCGCUGGCGAGUGUCUGUGGAGGUGGAAGCACCACCAUCUGUAGUGUUGAACCGUGUGCUGCGAGAGCGCCAUCUGUGGGAUGUGGACCUGCUCCAGUGGAAAGUGUGUGAGACGUUGGACAAGCAGACAGAGGUGUUUCAGUACGUCCUCAACCGCAUGCCCCCUCAUCCCAGCAGAGACUUUGUAGUACUCAGGUCAUGGAGGACAGAUUUGCCCAAAGGUGCCUGCUCCCUGGUUUCUGUGUCUAUAGAGCAUGAGGAUUGUCCUCCUAUUGGAGGGGUACGAGCUAUCGUCCUGGAGUCUAACUACCUGCUAGAGCCCUGCGGCUCAGGGAAGUCAAGACUAACUCACAUCUGCAGAGUGGACCUGAAGGGAAGGACCCCAGACUGGUACAACAAAGCUUUUGGUCACCUUUGUGCCGCAGAAGCUGCCCGGAUCCGCAACUCUUUUCAGCCACUAAUCACGGACGGCCCAGAGACCAAAAUCUGAAACGCUUUGCCAAUUGUGUCUGCUCAGCCUUGAGAUCAAGAUUGAGCCUUUGAGUCAUUGCUAACAGGCAGACACAAAGCAUAGACAGGACCCCAGAACUAAAGCACAGUUUUCUUUUCUUUUUCUUUUUUUUUCCAGAGUAGAAAUGCUCU